AUGUCUCAUCGUAGAGAAUUUUUUGGGUUUGGUAGUCGAUCUUCUGGGCCUGAGCAGGAGCGACAGUCCUCCUCAGGCUCUGGGCCGUACAUUUCUGCGAUUCCAGAGUCUGGUUCCCCUCCACAGACCGCUGCUGCAUCUGGGUCUAGAAGGCCCAAAGGCAAAUCAGUGGCGCAGAUUAGGGCCGAUUGUGCUAGGCGCGACGGGAGGAUCCUCUUUCAGAGGAAUACUGAUGGUAAGUUGAUCGAGCCCCCGGGGAUCUCCACCAAUUGCACGAACUCGUUUAAGAGGAUUCCGAACCCAGGCGGGUACACGUGGAAGUUACCUCCGCCAACGGUGCAGGAGUUGUAUUUUGAGGAAUUCAAGAAAGAGUUUGCUUGGAACCCUGAUGAUGAGGCUGAUGUGAAAAAAAUGUGGUUAGACAAGGCCCGCAAAAGGUACAGUGACAACAUGAGCGAGUAUAAGAGACAGCUCAAGGAGAAGACCGAGGCAGGGGAGAUGAUGGAGACACCGCUGGGCAUGUCCGACACCUUUUGGACGGGACUCAAGGCAUACUGGGAUCAAGAUGAGGUUAAGGCCGUUUCUAGGCGCGCACGUGAGAACCGAUACUCUGAGCCCGAUGGAGUUGGUACAGGGAUCAGUCGGCACGUUGGAGGGUCUCAGUCGAGUCGUAUUCUGCAGCAGAGUCUGGCGGAGAUUCAUUGCGUUGCUGCUGAGACAGGACGAGAGGACCGACUCGAUGAGGUCUACUUGGAGCUCGUACGUCCCGGUAGGUCACGACUGUACGGCACUGAAAGUGCCGGUGUGAGCCAGUUUAGUAGGGGGUCUACUAACAGUACAGGCUCUUCCCAGAUGUCUCAGCGAAUGUAUGAGACUCGGAUCUCCACACUGGAGGAGCGUCUCCAAAGGGCUGAGGAGGAUAGGGCGGCCCAAGAAGCAGCACGUGAGGCCGGACGAGCAGUACGUGAGGCCCUUGAGCAGCGGAUGAGUCAGUUCGAGGAGAUACUGAGGCGGUCGGGUCAGCUACCUUGA